AGAGGGGAGUGGGCCCCUGGGCCCCCGCUAUCACUCUCAGUUUCAAAAAUAUUCGACCAACAAGAAAAUUCAACUUAUCCUACCCACUUUGUCCCAGCCUCUGUUAUUAUCAAACUCCUAAGAAGACACUCACCUACCACAGAUCGCACAAAUGGAUUCUGAAUCGUCCAAAACCAAAGCUUUAGCCCUUCCGCUUCACAUCUUAGGCUUCGAGAUCGAUGAAUUAUCUACAACACGUGUCACUGGUCGUCUUCCCGUUUCUCAAAUCUGCUGUCAGCCUUUCAAGGUGUUACACGGUGGUGUAUCUGCUUUGAUCGCUGAGUCUUUAGCAAGUAUAGGAGCUUACAUGGCUACUGAUCUCAAAAGGGUCGCUGGAAUUCAACUCUCGAUCAACCACUUAAAGACUGCCGAUCUUGGAGACACUGUAUUCGCCGAAGCAUCUCCUGUAAGCUCAGGCAAAACCAUUCAGGUUUGGGAAGUCAAGCUUUGGAAGUCGAGAAAAGAUUCGGAGAACAAAACCUUAAUAUCUUCCUCUAGAGUCACACUCCUCUGUAAUCUUCCUACCCCUGGUCACGCCAAAAAUGUAUCGGACCCACUCAAAAUGAUGUCCAAAUUGUAGACUAAUAAAGCUCUCUCUAUACAUAUAUAUAUAUAUAUAUAAACGGAUAUGAGUCAUUGUAUUUUAUCUUCUUUUUUUUUUUGAAAAAAGGCUUAAAUUGUAUUUUAUCUUGCUAAUGGCAUUUUUAAUUUUUUUUUGAUGA